AUGGAAGUAACGCACCAAGAAGAACCCAUCAAUCAGCUGCUUGAACAUUCCAACAAGCGCCCUAUUGACAGGGUCCUCUCCACAUCGCCUCCUCAGGCCAUCAAGCGAGUCUGCCUUGAGCAAGACCUUCAGCAAGGCGACCACCUUCCUAGUCAGCCAAUUGACAGGGUUGGAACUUGGCUCGAAACCGGCUACCCCUUUAGUCGAGACGAGGACGUUCGCUCUGACGGUUUCGCUCAAUCUUUCACCACAGCGGAUCCUCGAAGUGUUCAGUCAGCUCCAGCUACCAUCCUCAUGGCUCCUCCAAGCCGCCCCGGGAGUGGUCUCCCUCCUACUCCCUCGUCUUACGGCCGCGGAGGCCCCUCGAAUGUAGGCCCCUCCGGGUCUUCAGCCCGAACCGGGACCCCAUCUGGUAUUUCAGCCUCUGGUGGUAAGACUGGUUCUCUGGUGGAGAACCCUUUGUACGAGGACUUGAACCUCGCGGCCAACAACAUUUACUACCGCGAUCGCCGAGAGCCACUGCCCCAGCAUGUUGCCAACCUUGUCCAGAGAGUUCAGCGAGAGCGUACCUCGCCCACUCCAUCCAUCAGCGAUAUCCUGGCUGAUGAUGGUCUGGCUGCCCGAGAGAGAGGCGCAGGCGAACCUACUGUUGAACAGUACUUCCAGAACAACCUGGUUCCACAGCCCCCUCGCAACGACCCCCUGAAGCGAAGCGACAAGGCUCCCUUCCAGAAGCACGCGGUUCCCAACACUGGAACCCAGUACCGAGUCAGCAACCCUACUCCAGACGUCACUUCUGGUUACAACCUCAGCGCUUUCAACACGGCCCAGAAAAUGCAGCUUGGCAAGACGCCCAACAUGUCUGCGAUGAACAACGAGGGCAUGUGCUUCCCGUUCUUCAUUCUUGAAUUCAAGGGCGAUGGACCCUCAAGCAAUGGGAGUCUUGCCUCCUUCAGCAUCGCCAUGAACGGCACCGAGGCUCGUCUUUUCAUCUCGUGGAAGCAGCAAGACUUAUUCAACGUCCAAAAGGUUCGAAGCUUUGCUCUUCAGGAGCCCGACCACUUCAUUGAGUUCCGCAAGUAUGUUCGCAACAUCAUCGACUGGGGCCGCGACGAGCGCCUUCGAAGCAUUCAAGCUGCCCUGGACACUCUCAUUGAAGAGGGACGCAAGGCUACUUUGAAGGCUCGACCCCCUCCUGCCCGACCUAUGUCUUCUCUUGGGCCUACCAAGCGACAGAAGCCCUUCUAG